UCUUUCUUCUAUCAAAGCAUUCACUCUCCAGUGUCACUUUCUGCUUUCAUUUCUCCAAAUCUCCUCUCUCCGACCAACAUUAGCAGCCAAUGACCGCCGCCGAGGCAACCGUCGCCACGACAACCCUUCUCAGCCCCCGCCACAAACGUUCCGGCAGAGCUAACGGAAAAGGAAACGGCGUCAAAGUCACGGCAAGCAAGAAAACAGGCGUUCAUCACUCCGACGGUGACAUUUCUCACGGGAAGGCAUCGUUCAUGAAAUGGACACUGGACGACGUCGUUUAUGUCGCGAAAUAUCACCGGAUACCCUGCUUUUUUGCGACGGGGCUGUUGUUUUUCAUUUUCGUGGAAUACACGCUCCGGAUGGUGCCGGACUCUUCACCGCCGUUUGAUCUGGGGUUCGUCGUCACACGCUCCUUCCAUCGCGUACUGGCUUCGUGGCCGGAACUUAAUUCCAUUUUAGCCGCUCUUAAUACGGAAUUUGUAGGGUCAGGGAUGGAUUUUCCUGUAGGGAAUGUCUCAUUUUUCCUCUUCUUCUCCGGCCACAUUGAUGGAUCGGUGAUUGCAUCGUUGGACAUGAGGAGAAUGCAGUGAUGGGAAUUGGCAUGGUUAUUCGACACACUCAAUGCGCUUCAAGCCAUGAGAUUACUCGGUACAAGGGUUCACUACACGAUCGAUUUGGCGGUUGGCGUCGGUGCCGGGAUUUUAUUCGAUUCGCUCGCGGGCAAGUAUAUAGAGAGCAGGAAAAAAGUUGCUCUUACGUGAGGUACCAAUGAAGUAAGCGUAGUCAAUAGGGAGGAACUAGUAAUGGUAUUGUCAAUGAACAUGUUCUUAGAUCUUCGAAUUUUGAAGAAAAAGAUACUGCUUUUAUAAUCAGCUUCUGUGCACUUGUGUUUGAUGAUAUCCUUCCAAAUGGUGAAUGUUAUUAAACUAGAGUACUCCAUCUAUUGAUAUGAUUUUAGUUCGAGUCUUGGGUUGUAGUACUACUAGAUACUUGAUGA